AUGGGUGAGGAAGAGGUGAAGCUGGUGGGUGCAUGGUUUAGCCCAUACGUUCACAGGGUGGCCUGGGUUUUGAAGCUGAAAGGAAUCCGUUAUGAAUAUGUGAAAGAAAAGAUAAACAACAAGAGCUCUCUCCUUCUGGAUUGCAACCCCGUGUACAAGAAGAUCCCAGUGCUGGUUCAUCAUGGAAAACCCAUUGUUGAAUCUUUAUUCAUUAUUGAGUACAAUGAUGAGACUUGGAAACACAAUCCCAUUUUGUCCACUCAUCCUUACGACAGAGCAAUGGCAAGAUUUUGGGCUCUCUACAUUUACCAAAUGACCUUCAAGAACAACGAAAUGGACCGGUCUUGGAUGAAUUUGUCAAAGUGUGGCAACAUCAAUUGGCAAUUUUGUGAAGUUGUCUACGAGCAUCUAAUUGUCGAUGGGUUUCUUCGAGGGUAUCAAAAAUGGAUUUUCCAAGGAGAAUGCACACCUAGUACUUCCUCUUCAAUGAUUAAUCCGGCUUAUCCUCGUAGUGCUUACCAUCGGUCUGUUAGAGAAGAUGACAUGGAAGGUAUGUUACGGGAUGCAUUUAAUAUGCGCAGUCAUGGUUUGCAAUUGUUUCCACCCGACUUUGUUGCAUCCGGUGAUUGUAAUAUCGGUGGAAAUGCUUUUACCGAAACGGGAAGAAGUAUACCUGAUGAAGAGCCGAAUAGAGAAGCGGUAAAGUUCUACACGCUGCUUAAUGAAAUGAAUGAAGAACUUUAA